AUGAAUAAAAUAAGUUUUGCAGAUGAAGACCCUUUGUUGGACUUUGAUUUGCAAUCUUUAGACACAUUGAAUCAUUCUGCUCUCAAAAAGAAAUUCCUCGAAGAGCGCUAGAGAUGUCUUGUGCUUGAAAAAGAUUUAUUCAAGUCACAAACUGAGGGAAGGCGACUUAUUUAGCAGAAUAAAAAUUUGCAAGAGUUGAAUACUUUAAAUGCUAAAAAUCGCAAUAAUACAUCAAGCGCUUUCACUCUGCCUUCGGAGUUCAAAAACGCGUGGGAUGAACUUGUUAAAGAACUAAUACUUGAUGCCUUCCCAGAUUUUCUAGAUAAAUACGAAGAACUUGUACCACUUGUUCAGGAAUUGUUUAUUGUAGUGAGAGCAGAGAUUGUUCAGAUAUAAUAAAGCAUAUUAUCUGAUGUUGGCAAAAGAUUAAGAUUAUUUGAUGAUAAAUCUAGUAAAGAAACAGUAGGUUCUGCAAUCGGAUAUCUAGAUACGAAAUUUCAAAGCAUAUUCUAAGAGUAUAGUCUUAAGGUAUUCUACUUGAGUGAUUAGGAGAUAAAUGACCUUGUAAUGAAUAAAUAUAAACCCAGAUGUGUGGGAAUAAUAUCUGACAGAGAUGGAGCAGAGGAUGAUUUUGAGGAUAACAUAUCUACUCCUGAUUUUAAAAGAUUUGUACGAGCUGUUUUCAAACUUUCUCUACAUAUGGUUCUUAAUGACCCUCCUAUCUUGCUGAGUAUGGAGUGCUGGGAGACGAGAUAAGUCAAAACUAUAUUGAUAUAGAAAUUUGAGUUCUGGAUGUACAAUAAAAAUGACUAUUAUUGUAUUGAUGGAUUCCCUAAGGAAGGUAAUCCAUGUGUUGUUGUGCUACCUCCUCCAUAUAGAUAAGGAUAUGUUUAUUAAGGUAUCAAACCAGCUGUAAUAGUGCUUGAUGAUCCAUCAGAUGAAGUUGUUGAUCACGUAAGAGUUAAAUAAGAAGAAUUAGUGGAAAAAUUAAAGGCAAAAAGAUAGCUUAGUUUAUGCGGAUUAGAAGAAGAAGAAAAUGAACAUUACAAUAGUAAAAAGGAAUUAAAUACAAUUGAAGAGAAGAAUAAUAUCUUAAAUGCAAGUAAGCAAAGCAUUAAGGUAACUAAUGAAUAGAUAAAUAUUGUAAAUCUUAAUCCAGGGAAGAAAGAUAACUCUGCUAUACAUUUGGAACAAGUAGAAACACCAAAGAAAUCUGAAUAAAAAACUCUAAUAAGAUAAAAUAUUAAUGCUUCAUAAGAUGAACUAGAAAUAUCCCUAUAGUAGCUAUAAAAAGAAAUCGCUGAAAAUUCUUAAGAUAUAUAAUAACACAGUAUAAGUGAUAAUGAUGAGAUCUUAAGUGAAGCUGAUUGUCAAGUUUCUCAUAAAAAAUCACUUUUAUCGACAUCAAAUAGAAAAAUCUCUCAUUAAAAGCAAACAUCUUAAUCAAAUACCUCAUUAAACGGAAAUUCAAGAUAUAACUUGAGUUCAUCAAAGAAAAAACUAAGCAUUUCAGACAAUGCAAACAAUCAAUAUAAUAAAUAUGGAUAGAGACAUAUCAACUAAAGCACUUUGCUAAGUGCUAGAAAGAUGAUUGAAGAAGUAUAGCAUACUGUAUUGCAUGAAUCAUCAACUAAGAAGAAUCAAUACAAUAAAUAUUGUUGUUUGAGUCCGAAUAGAUUAAAGUCACCUCAAGGGCAAAAAAAAUAUAAUAACAAUAUAAAUAUGUUUUCAAAGGAGAAAUCCUCCGAAAGAGCAAAAAGUAAUAAAAAAUAGCAAAGUCAUAGCAAGAAUUCCAAGAUUUCAAAGUUUGAUUUGACUUAAAGUGUGCUUGCAAAUAGGGUAGGAAGAGGUGAAAAGGGAUUAUCAAAUAAGAACUCAAGUAAACAGUCAAGCAGAAAAAUAGAAAACUAUAAUUAAAUUGAUGAAUCUUAACAAAUAUAAAUCAAAUCACCAACACGAAGUGAGAUAUUGAAAACAUUGUAUAAUGACUACGCUAAUUUGAAAAACAAAUAGCAAGCGUGUGGAAAUAGUGGAACUUUUGUAACACUUAAUGGCACUUAAAAAUAGUUAUUCUCUGAUAAGAAAUCUGAAAGCAAGCACCAUAUAGGAGAAGAUGAUGAAGCUGUAUUGCUAAGUGCAAGAAGGAGACUUACAAAUAACUUGUAAAAUUAGGGAAUUUAAAGCAAGCAAAACAAUUAUAAAUAAUAAAUUGACAGUAGGAAUAGCUUGUACAAUGCGAGUAAUACUUGUAAUACUGGAGGGAGUAGUAAUAUAUCAGUAAGCUAGAGCUAAAUCUUUGUAAAGAGUUAAGAUAAGAAUAAAAUCUUAUUGGCACAUAAUCAUUCUAAGAAUUAGUCAUCUAUAGAUAGUAAUUUAACAGUUCAAUAAGAUAUAAAGUCAUAAAUUAGAAAAUUAGCUGAGACAAUGAAAACUGCAUAAUAAAGCUAGAAGAAUUCUAUAUAAAUCAACUAGCCAAGCUCUACAAGUCUUUAAUCAGAAGAGAGACAUUAAUAGACUAUCUUAGGAAAGAAUUAUAUCGAUUAUCGCAAAUAAGAUUAAAAUGGUACUUAUGCAUAAAGAAUCCUAUAAGAUUACUAAAAUUAGCAAGAUACUUCGCAAUAUUAAACAAAGUCAAAUCUAUAGAAUCAAUAGUACUAUAAACUUAACUAGACAACUUCCUCCUCAAAUUCUAGUAACACUUAUAUUAAUAUAGCCUAAUAAAAGGUAGGCAUUAAUGCUAGAGCAUAUGAAAAGUUCAAUAAGAAUAACGAAAUGCCUAAAAAGAUAUAAUCUCAAGCUGAAAUAUUGGCUUCUCAAAAAAGAAAUGAAAUCAAUAGCAAUAACCUAAAUAGCAUCAAUAAUAAGACUUCUAGACAUAUUGAAAAUUAGCAUGAUGUGACUCAGAAUUCGACCAUAUCACAGAUGCAUAUCUAGAAGGGUAUGACUGAUAUAAGGGAAGACCUUUAAAGAAAAAUUCAUAGCUAUCAAAGUCUUUUGAGGAAAACAGAUAAAGAUAAAUUUAGUAAUAGCCAAUUAAAUAAAGUUUAAGUUGGCAGUCAACCAAAGAGUCCAUUCGAAUAUGACUAGGCAAACAAGUUCACAACUCUUGACAGCAAUAAGCAGAAAUAUGUAAAUAACAAUAAGACUUCUAGACUAAAUACAAAUGAGGACGAUCAAUCAAAGGAAACUGCUUCUUAAUCCUCAUCACAUGUGAGAAGUUAAAAAGGCACUGGCGAAAGCUUGCAGCAGUUGAAGCAGCAAUUCUUUACCAAGAUUCAAUCUUUCCACCAGUAGUUCGAACAAUCAAAGAAUUUGAGCACUCAGCAAUAGCAACAAAGACUAUCCUCAAGGUCUAAGUCUCCAUUGUAGAAAAAUCUACCUAGAUAGUAUAUAUAGGACGGUAAAGUAAACAAUUACAAAAUAAUUGGAGGAGGCAAUUCUACAGCUACUGUAUUACCAAGAAAGAGUACAAUCUAGUAUGAUGAUUUGACUUCUGAUUCAAGUUCUAGUGAAGAUGAUGCUCAACUAAAUGCUAGGGUUACUCUCAAUAAAUUCCAAAACAGCGACAAGGUUUUGAAACAGCAGAAUAUGAAUUAAGGAAAGUACAAUCCACCUUAGAGACCAAAGGAAUUGACUUAAAGCACAAAUGACUUCAAGCGAUAGAAGACCAUAAUUGAUAACAAUAAGGACUCAAGUAACUUUAAAAGUCUUACUAGAGAUUAAAAUAAAUACCCAUAAAGAAUCGGAAGUGCUGGCUACAAAGAUGAAAAUAAGAAAAUUCCAUAGAGUAGCAGCAAUUAGGAUCAAUAUUGUGAGAAUAGUAACUUUGAUAGUUAAUCGCACCUUAUCUCAUCUCCAAAGACUUGUGUUACCUAUAGAGGCAUAAUCAAUGGAAACGUUUUGAAUAAAUCUAUAUAAGGCUAUCAAACUAAGGUGCUCUAUGGGCAACAGAAAUACAGGCAAUGA